AGCGCAAGAAGUAUAAAUGCCCUGACUUCUGCAGAGGCCAUAUCACGGUAAAUGCUGCACGGCCAAUGUAGACGUCAGAAUGACCAUGCAGCACCUUUAAUGAGGGAGGGAGAAGAGAGACAACAAGGGAGGGAGAGUUACUCCAUUUUGACACAGAGAUUUUGGACCCCUAUUUAAACAACCUUCCUGUCUGCGACGGAAGGCCAGGGCGAAUGGCUGCCCUCCUGACCCCUUCGUGGGGCGAUUCCACUUCCUGUUCCCCUUUAAGACGACCCCUGACCUUUAAACCUGAGCUCAACUUCUCUGGACUUCCCACUUCAGCAGGUUUUGUGGGCUGGUCAUGGUGCCUCAGCCGGAGGUGUGCGACCCCCUCCACGCGAGCCUCUUCCUGCUGCGCAUGAACAAGCAGCGCCUGGCCGCCGGGCCCGCCCUCUUCUGUGACGUCAACCUCAUCGCCACCAGCGACGCCAAGUUCACCGCCUGCAGCCAGUACUUCCGCCAGCUGCUCCUGUCGGCGUCUUCCCCACUGCCUUCGGGUCCUGUAUUCGACACCCGCCAUCAACCCCCUCUUCUGGGGGGGUUGAGCGAGUCCUGGAGCUGCCUUACCUCCAAUCCAGAGUGCUGUCCAACCUGCUCGACUUCAUCUACACCUCCAGCGUCCCCCGCCAGGGCUACAAGGUGAAGGCGUCUAUCAGAGGCGGGCCUCAGCCUCUGGGUGCCCUUCUUGACCCACCUGGUUGAGGAAGAGGAGGAACCAGGGGAGAUGAAGGGUAAAAGCAGGCAGGGCCGAGGAGGGGAGGCGAUGAUGGAGGGGCUGAUGGAGGACGGGGCAGACAGCCCAGAGAACGCUAAGAUCACCCUCAGUUUCCCCCUCAGCGCCGCCCUGCCUGCUGCCCUCACCGUUCACAACCACCACCCGUCCUCGGCCACAUCCUCCCCCCGCUGCCGACACUCCUCCUCGGCCUCCAAGGGGUCCAAUGAGGAGUCGCCGUGGAAACUGGCCAUCGCCGCCACCACGGACAAACGGCGGCCGUUUAAACAGCCCCGACAUGACAGUUCUCCAUCCUCUUCCUCCGCCUCCUCCUCCCAUUCCUCUUCUUCCUCUCCCAUGGAUCUUACUGCACUGGUCAAAAAGGACACCAAAUCCCCCCUGCCUCUUUUCAAAGCCAGUCUGGACUCCCAGUUCCACAGGUUCCCCCCCAGGUCCUCCAAUGGGCCUAUAGGGGGUUACCCAGGGGAAGGUCACAGACUGACCAAUGGCACAGCCUCCCCCUCAGAGACUGCACAGAUCCUGUUCAACCUGAGCGCCGUGGCCUAUCAGGGCCAGGGGAGGCGGGACACAGAGAAAAAGGAGAAAACAGGAAAACAAGGAGGGAAGGUGGGCAGCCCACAAGUUGGACCAAACCUACACAUUUCCACCCUCCACCUUCUUCCUCCUUCUCUUCCUCACCCCUCUGAGUCUUUCAUCCCUCCCCCUCUUACUCCUCACUCCUCCUCCACCCCCCCAGAUGGCCCCAAGCCGGAGCUGAUAUGUGGGGUGUGCCACCGCCUCUUCAGCUCCGCGUCCUCGCUCACGGCCCACAUGCGGCUGCACCGUGGCGGCCGUGCCCUCAGCUGCCAGCACUGUGGCAAAGCCUUCAUCCACAACAAGAGACUACAGUCCCACGAGGCCUCUUGCAGGCACGCUCUGAGCCCGGCCAUCCCCUCUAGCCUCCCCCUUCUCCCCAUCCAGCCAAAAGAGGAACCACUGGAGGAGGGGGAAGUUAGGGUGGAGGGAGGACAGAUUCUGGGGGCAGGUGAGGAAAAUAUGAAGACUGGCAAAGGGAAGAAAGGGCGAGGUCUACUGGUUCGACACGAAGGCGACGUGUCAGAGCUGGUGGGGGACGAGGACCACUUCGUCAAGGUGGUAGAUGGCCACGUUAUCUACUUCUGCUCCGUGUGUGAGCGCUCCUACAUGACCCUGUCCAGCCUCAAGCGUCACUCCAAUGUGCACUCGUGGCGCCGCAAGUACCCCUGCCACUUCUGCGACAAGGUGUUCGCCUUGGCCGAGUACCGCACCAAGCAUGAGGUUUGGCACACGGGCGAGCGCCGCUACCAGUGCAUCUUCUGCUGGGAGGCCUUCGCCACCUACUACAACCUGAAGACCCACCAGAAGGCUUUCCACGGCGUCAGCCCUGGCCUCAUCUCCAGCGAGAAGACAGCCAACGGCGGCUACAAGCAAAAGGUCAACGCUCUCAAGUUCUACCGCCUGCUCCCAAUGCGUUCCCAGAAGAGGCCCUACAAGACCUACAGUGACUCCCUGGCCAGGGGCCUGCUGCUGCCCCCUUCUGACCCCUCUUCCGUCCCUCUGUCCCUGGACUGCAGCCUGGACACCGGUGACCUUCACAGCCUCAUCAGUGGCUCUCUACCCAAGGGUGUGAAGCCUGACCCUGAAGAGUUCCCUGCCGGCUUCCCCCUCACAGUGGGCCUAGAGCAGGGAGAGAUCCCCACACUGCCCCCUACCCUAACAGGCAUGGUCCUAGGGAGAGUAGCUGACAGAGAGGCAGCAUCAGAGUCAGAGAAGGUAGGUAGCCAUGGCAGCAGCUCCAAGGUAACGGUUGGCAACAGAUUCAAAGCUCCCAAGGUCAGCGGUAGCCCAGAGUUGGGUUUGUCCUCUGUGAUCACGUACGGCCACCCCAAGCCCUCCGUCAUAGUGCAUGGCACAGCAGUGUCAUCCGUCAUUGUCCAUAGCAACCAGGUCACCUCCGGGGGCGGGAAAAGCCCCCUGAGCAGUCCCUCCCCUGAACCUAGCAACAGCCAGACACUCCCCAAGGCCAGUGCAAAGCCUGUUAAAAAGCAUAGGGAAAGUAUGGAGAGCCAUAGGAAGAGAGCUAAAUUAGUGGACAGAUCAGACACCACAGAGGAGUCCGAGAGGAGAUCUGAGACAGGUAGGUCCCAUCAUAAGUCCUGCAAGAGUGACAGCUCCUCAGCCAAACAGUCGUCCACUGGGUCAGAGGGUAAAGGGGCCGGGCCGCUGUGCCAGAUCACGGUGCGGAUAGGCGAGGAGGCCAUGGUCAAGCGCAGCAUCUCCGAGACGGACCUCAAGAGGGACAGGAGCCCCCCUCCUUCCAAAGCAAAAAAGACAGACUCCUCCCCACAGGACACCAAGGAACCUCGCCACUCACACCACCACCAUCAUCACCACAAACACCGCUCCCAUCGCAGCUCUAGCAUCGGAGCUGAGGGGGAGAGAGUAGAAGAUGGGGAGAGAGAGAAAGGGGAGAGCAGGAAGAAAAGUCCCAUCGACCCGGGCAAGGUCAGAGAGUACUACUUACGCCAGGAGGUGCGCAAGCAAGGGGAGAGUGAAGACGAUGAGGACAACCUCUGGAGGCCUUACUACUCCUACAAACCCAAGAGGAAGGCCACGCACGUCCACAAAGCAAAGAACUGGCAGCGCAAACUGCACUACAAACGCUCCCUCCGGCUUAUGAUGAGGGCCGAGGGACUCAUGGACCAUGUAAAUAAGGAGGCAGAGGAGCAAGAGGAGGAGGAUGGAAAGAUGGACAAGGAUGAGGUGGAGCAGGAGGGGGAGGGGGAGGUGAAAGGUCACAUGGAACAAGAGAAGGGAGAGGUACCUGAAUCCCUCAGUACUUCCCCUAUACCUUCAAAAGACAAAGAAGUGGUGGAAGAAAUCCGGGAGGCCCACCUUAAGCCCACUAAUCCUCCCCUGGCUUCUCCCCAACCCCCUCUGGCUACCUCAUUCUCCCCUAUGGACACAAAACGCCGGCCCUGGUCCAAUGGGAGUGCGUCAGAGUGCGAUACGUGCGGCCGCUGGUUCUCCAGCUCCAGGAAGCGGGAUAAACACGAGCUCAGCCACCUGCUGGAGUUUGUGUGCCUCCUUUGUAGGGCCCCUUUCCCUUCCAGGGACCAGCUGGAGGAUCACCAGAGAACCCGUCACCCCAAAGCCCCCGACCCGCUGUCCGUGCCACCCCGAGCAGGACCUCAGUCCCAAAAUGAGGGCACGGAGAGGGAAACUGAGCUGGCAGAAGUAGACAGGGCGAGAGAGAGGCUUAUACUAGGGAAGGGAAGUCCAAGUCGCCUAAGCAGGAGGUCGUUGGCAAGACACACCUGUCCGCAGUGCCAUAAGGUAUGCAAGACAUCCUCCGCGCUAAACCGCCACGUGAGGCGCCACGAGUUAAGCAGCUCCCCAGAGAGAGAAAGGGAGGCGACGCAGCCAGAGCCAAAAGCUGCAGCAGAGACUUCAGUUAGCACUGUUAGCAAAGACCUAGACACCAUGAGUGGCCAUGUUCCCAUUGUUCAGUCUGUCCCAGUUAUCAGCUACCCUAUCCCAGAGCCACAGCAUAGUAGCGAGGGCAUAGAGGCACAGCAGUGCGCAAGCCAGCCUAGCAAAGUGAAAGCAGAGCACCAUAUUCCAACACUGUGCAGCAGCCCUGAACUCAAUGUACUCACAACUCCUGUUCCUGACAGAGAGCCCAGUCCACAGAUUAUUCAGCCCCCUCCAGAGAUCCCCAUGGCCGUUAUCCCCACUUCCAACAGGCCCACACCCUCUCCCUCCUCCUUCUCCCCCUCCUCCUCCUGCUCCUCGGCCCUCCAGGGUGUGCUGGUCAUGAGCAGUGGAGCUGAAUGUCUGGAAUACCGGACCCCCAGGAAGAGGAGUCUGGAUGGGCAGAGCCACAGGAGGACCAGCCCUGCACCUGUCACGGGACCACCCACUGCUUCUCCAAAUAUUCACCUGACCUCGCAGAUGAGAAUCAACCACACUGCGGCUCCUCCGUCCGUUGCUAUGACAACAGUGCCCCUCCGAGGGGUCUGUGGCGUGAAGCAGGAGGGGGAUAUUGCGGAUAAAGGACUGAGGCAGGGAUGUGGGAUGGGCCGCCUCCAUCAUGCUGGUUUUAAGGACUCACCAGUGGCCCAAGAUCUCAGGGUCCCGCCGUUGUCCAGGAGCCCCAGUCCUAAGCAAGCACAAGACCUGACCAUGUCCUCAAUCCUAGCCAGGGAGAGGGAGGUGGAGAAGGAAAGGCAGAGAGAAUGGGAGAGGGAGAUGAAGAGAGAGCUGGAACGGGAUAUGGAGAGAGAGCUGGAAAGGGGGAGGCAGAGAGAAAAGGAAAGGGAUAUGGACAGAGAGCUAGAAAGGAGGAAACAGAGGGAGAGGAAUAUGGACAGAGUGCUGGAAAGGGAGAGGCAGAGAGAAAGGGAGAUGGAGAGGGCGCAGCAGACUAGGGGGGCAUCUCACCCCCCACAGGAGCAGCUCAGAGACAUGGAGGUGCUCCUCCUGGUACCCAAAGAGGAGCCGAUUAGUCCCGCACCGUCCCCUAUACACACACCCAUUCAUACCACUAUUAACAGCCCCCCCUUUCAGAGGCGGCCCUCCAAGUCCCCUUGCCACUCCCCCACUGCCAUGGACCUGCUGAUGCAGGCCAACCGCCAAGUUUCCCAGUCCAUGUGUGGCACACGGGGCCCCGAGAGGCUUCAGUUGCCCACUGGAUCGGUUGGUGGCAGUGACCGCCCCUCGGCCCACGCCCUACUGCUCCCACGGGCCCCCCCACCGUCCGAGGCAGAGCCCCAGGACCACUCCCCAGUGCCAUCCAGAGACCCUCACAGAGGUGAUGUCACUGCCAGGGGAUACCCCAUGCAGGACUACCCCCUGCCCCUCAUUGUCCAGGGUGGCUACCGCUCUGGCAAGAAGCAGGAGGACAACCUGCUCAUGUCCUACCCGACCGGGCCUCUUGCCUUCGGGCCAUUGGGGAAGAUGAUGCCUACCGGGGACCUAGCCAAACUGCCCUUCUACCCCGACCCGUACCACCUGCUCUAUGGGCCGCAGCUGCUGGCCUACCCCUACAACCUGGCCUCCCUGCCCAUGGCUCUGAACAUGAUGGCCCCUGGGGACGACAAGGUGGAGCCGCUGCCCUUCCUCCCCGCCCUCUUCAACUACGCUGCUGCAGCUGGUCCCUACACUGGCAUGGUGCCACACCACCUAGUGGCCAACCCCAGUCUCUACAACAGCGGUGGCGGCAGCAGCAAAAAACAGAGGGACAGCAGCAACGGCAAGCCGUAGAAGGUGUAAAGAGAAAAGACAAUUGAGGAAUAUUUCAAAGUGGACGACCAGGCCUGUGGUGAAGAAGGGGUGGAAUUAUCUCCUUUGGUUACAGAGUACACUUGCACAGUCCCCUGCCUCUCUUUUGUAAAGUAGCGAUCAGAGCCUAAGCGUUGAAUCAGCAGACAGGAUGAUGGGAGGAGGAUGAGUGAAGGAAGGUGGAGGAAAGAAAGGACAGAUUCAUCAUUACAGACAGAUAUCCCCCUCUCCUUUCCUCUGGCUUCUGUUCUCAUGACUUUCUGUAGUACUAGUUCUACACUAGAGCUUGAUUAAUUGUCAUCUCCGACUCGUUAUGAUAAUAUCUAUAAUAUAAUAAUAACAGCGAACAGGGUGUGAAAAUGUUGUUUCAGUCUGCUUCCCUUUAUAGUGACUGCAUAAUAAUGAUCAUAAAUACACCUCUCUAGGGGACGCUUUUUAAGGAAGGAAAGGGAUCAGCCUAAAAGGACAUCAAAGGAGUGUGUGGUGUGUGAUUGCUUAUGUAAACUUUUGCUCCAAGUAUCUGUGAGAGUUGUAUGUGAGCAUGUACAUGCACAGUAUGUAGGAAAUAAUUUGUUGUGCACGCUGGGGUUGGCUUCUGUUUGUUUGGUAUGUGUGUGAGUGGCUGUAUGGCUGCAGUCUGCCAUCUGAGUGCUGAUCAUUCCAUGGGGUUCUGAGGUGUUAGCAGCAUUCCAACACUAGAUGGACUAGCCCUUAUAGGUCAGUGCAUAGUUCAGUAGAAGGAAUUCCUCUAUUUCCAGUUCACAAAGUAGCAAUGCUAGCUAACCUUAUGGAUGGAGUAGAAUCUGUACUUGAGACAAUGACAGAUCUUGUGGGCUUAUGUUACUAUAGUGGCCAUAGUGGCCAGAUGAGUCUGAUUAGGGGUUCAUGUUAGCUUUUACCUUGUGCAAAACCGCUGCAAAAAGUUCCUAUAAAAACGGGAGGAAAGACUUGACAAGUCUUGUGGAUGAUUUGUAAAUGUACUGUAGCUGUAGCUGACCACGUAGGUUAGUAUAGACCACGCACUUCCAGUUCUUGUACUCAUCUCAUUUCUUCCAAGGAUUGAAAAUAAUAAAAUAAGAAUCAGUCAAUCUUUUAAUCUUCGGUGUCCUUUUUCCUCCCCCUGAUGCCUCCUGGUGUCCAACUGGUUGAAGAGAGGGGGAGUGUAGAAGGGAAAACAUAGAGAGAUGGAAUCUGGGUAGGACAAUUCCUGUGAUAUCCGGAAAGAGCCAGCGAGGGAGAUUAAAAGAGAAACACAGAGGCCAGGCGCACCUAGGUCAGUACCCUUGACGGAGCUUCCUUGUCAAAUCAAAACGACGCCUCCCCUCUUACUGAAAGUCUAUAGAAAAGGACUACGAAAAUCGAGUCGGAUGACGCCACAGUGAGGCCCGCUUGUGUAAAACAGCUUUUCGUGUUCCAAUAGCUCCUCUCCUCCCUUCUUCUGCGCUCUGGGGUAGAGAAGAGAGGGGUGACGUCAUCGGCCCCUCAGAGCUGGUGUUGUAGGGCCGGGUUUAGCAGCAUCCAUUGUGCGGCUCUGAGUUUCCCAGAUGUCGUGUGGGACUUUUUCUGUUAUGUCUUUCUCUGUACGUUUUUGUGUUACGUUACAUUGUUUGUUUUGUGUUACUUUUAUAUCCCUUUUUGCUAGCUAGACAGAAGUGGCUUCUGCAAAUAAAAGGGGUUUUGAGUACACUUAUGAAUAUGAAUGUAAUUUUAGUCGAGGUUAAGUGCAAAAUGCAUUAAAGUUAGAUGGAUUUCAGUUUGUCUGACUUGAAAAAUAACGUGUAAAGAGCCGUUAUGAAGUCUGGUAUGCAUAUAUACAGUAGUCCUAGGAACUUGGGUUCUGUAUCCACAAAAGCAUGAGCAACACUCGCUUCCUAACAGUUUAUAUAAUCCUCGGUAUCCAAAAUCUCUCACGUUUUCCUCCCCGUGACUUUUUGUGUCUUUUUCCUUCCUCAUCCUCUGUCAUUUCCCCCCCACUAUCUCAGCUCCCCAUCUCUGUUUUGUCUUGGUUUGUAUUUGUUCUGGAGUAUAAUCCCCUAGAAAAGAGCAGCUGCCACGUUUAUUUCUCACAAUCAGUAUGGGAGCUGUCCAAUUAUCCCCCUUCCUCCCCAAACACACACACACUUUACACAGCCUCUUUGGAGUGUGUAUGGGUGUGUAAUGACACCGCUGCACUGUUGGUUUCGGGCGGGAGGACGAAAACACAGCGUGACCAACUGCAGGAGCUCAUGGCCUCGACUUGGUUGUGGUUACAAGCCUUUUGUGUGUAUUUCUGUGUGUGUGUGUCUCUAUGCGUGUGUCUGUAUGUAUCACAGGAGGUUGGUGGCACCUUAAUUGGGGAGGACAAUGGCUGGAGCAGAAUGAGCGGAACGUUAUCAAAUACAUCAAGCACAAAGGUUCCAUGUGUUUGAUGCCAUUCCAAUAGCUCCUUUCCAGCCAUUAUUAUGAGCCGUCCUCCCCUCAGCAGCCUCCACUGGUAUGUAUGUCUGUGUGAAAAAGGAAAACCAAAACAAAUCUGCCUCUUAGCAGCAUAUCCCUCGAGGUAUAUGGACAGCCUGUUUUUUAAAGUAUUUUUCAGUGGUGUCGUUCCAGAGCACCCCCCCGUCCCUACCCAGCUGUAAAGACUCUCCAUACUGUACCCAUCUAGGCCAUUUCACUAGAUAGACAUGUUUGUGUUUCGUAAAAAACAUUUCUUAUAACAUAUUCUUGCCAUCAUGGUGAUCAAUCACUGCCCAAACGCCUGCAAAUAGACAUAAAGAGUGAAUUCUGGUGAUGAUAUACACAUAUUUACAGUAUGUUUAGUAAGUUCAAAUUAAUUGUGCCUCCGCUUCCAUAUAUUUAAACGUAGCUGUAUUCAAAUGGUUUGGAUCUUCCAGAUUCCAGACAAGGUGCCUUUUUAUGGCAUAAGAAAUGGAAAUGAUACAUGGGUGAAUUUAUCAAAAUGGCAAAUAGCUGGGAGAAAAAUGAUGUGGCUUAAUGUGCUAUGAAGCUGGUCAUAGUUCUAGGGGUGUGGCUAAACUGUUUGGUAUUGUUUAUGUUUAGGUAAAUACUGUGCCAUAGUUUUAAAAUGUAGAGUCCACAAAUACAUUAUUGUUUUCUUUCUUCUUCAAAUAUAUGAAACGUGUUAAUGUUGCCUGAUAACUUUGUCUCUGGAUUUGAUACAAAGGCUUGUAGCCACAGCUGUUUCUUUAACUCUUUCCUCUUGUUCACCUCUUUCCCUCUCUUUCUCCUCGCUACAAUCAAACAAAUAAAGUAUUAACCUGAUGACCCAACAGAAAGUCUCAUGUCUGAUUUCAGUAUCUGCUCUGAGAUAAAACAAUAUGCGCUAUUAUUUUUCUAAUAAUUGUAUAACUUGUUCCUAAAAAAAAUAAUAAAAAAGAUCCACAAGGUG